CGCGAGAAGCGGCGGCGGCGUAGUGAAGUAGCCAGGAGCGGGCGGCGGGCAGGCGGCGGAGCCAGCAUCUGCAUCUCCAAUGGAUACCGAGGGGUUUGGUGAGCUCCUUCAGCAAGCUGAACAGCUUGCUGCUGAAACUGAAGGCAUCUCUGAGCUUCCACAUGUAGAACGAAAUUUACAGGAGAUCCAGCAAGCUGGUGAGCGCCUGCGUUCCCGUACCCUCACACGCACAUCCCAGGAGACGGCAGAUGUCAAGGCAUCAGUUCUUCUCGGGUCACGGGGACUUGACAUAUCCCAUAUCUCUCAGAGACUGGAGAGUCUGAGCGCAGCCACCACUUUUGAACCUCUGGAGCCUGUGAAGGACACGGACAUUCAGGGCUUCCUGAAGAAUGAGAAAGAUAAUGCCUUGUUAUCUGCUAUUGAAGAGUCCCGGAAGAGGACCUUUGCCAUGGCUGAGGAGUAUCAUCGAGAAUCAAUGCUGGUCGAGUGGGAACAAGUGAAGCAAAGAAUUCUGCAUACAUUGCUGGCAUCAGGAGAGGAUGCCCUUGACUUUACCCAAGAAAGUGAGUCAAGUUACAUCAGUGAUGUGAGUCCCCCUGGUCGAAGCUCUCUGGAUAGCAUUGAGAUGGCCUAUGCCCGGCAGAUUUAUAUCUAUAAUGAGAAGAUUGUAAGUGGACACCUACAACCUAACCUAGUAGACCUGUGCACCUCUGUCGCAGAGCUGGAUGACAAGAGCAUUUCUGACAUGUGGGCCAUGGUAAAACAAAUGACAGAUGUGGUACUGACACCAGCAUCUGACGCCCUGAAGAGCCGGAGCAGCGUGGAAGUGCGCAUGGACUUUGUCAAGCAGGCCCUGGGAUACCUUGAACAGAGUUAUAAGAAUUACACCCUUGUGACUGUCUUUGGAAAUCUGCAUCAGGCCCAGCUGGGUGGUGUGCCUGGGACUUACCAGCUGGUUCGAAGUUUUCUAAACAUUAAACUGCCAGCUCCCUCACCAGGACUCCAGGACGGAGAGGUAGAAGGCCAUCCUGUCUGGGCAUUAAUUUAUUACUGCAUGCGCUGUGGAGACCUGCUUGCUGCAUCACAAGUCGUCAGUCGAGCCCAGCACCAGCUGGGGGAAUUUAAAACCUGGUUCCAGGAGUACAUGAACAGCAAGGAUAGAAGAUUGUCUCCAGCUACUGAGAACAAACUCCGGCUUCAUUACCGCCGAGCCCUCAGGAACAACACAGACCCCUACAAGCGAGCUGUGUACUGUAUCAUUGGGAGAUGUGACAUCACUGACAACCAGAGUGAAGUAGCAGACAAGACUGAGGACUACCUGUGGUUAAAAUUGAACCAGGUGUGUUUUGAUGAUGAUGGCACCAGCUCACCACAAGACAGGCUCACUCUCUCACAGUUCCAGAAACAGCUGCUAGAAGACUAUGGCGAGUCCCACUUCACGGUGAACCAGCAGCCCUUCCUCUACUUCCAAGUGCUGUUCCUGACUGCACAGUUCGAAGCUGCCAUUGCCUUUCUCUUCCGCAUGGAGCGGCUGCGCUGCCAUGCUGUCCAUGUGGCCCUGGUGCUGUUUGAGCUAAAACUGCUUUUAAAGUCCUCUGGGCAGAGUGCUCAGCUCCUCAGCCACGAGCCUGGUGACCCUCCCUGCAUGCGACGGCUGAACUUUGUGCGUCUGCUCAUGCUCUACACCCGAAAGUUUGAGUCCACAGACCCAAGAGAAGCCCUGCAGUACUUUUACUUCCUCAGGGACGAGAAAGACAGUCAAGGAGAAAACAUGUUUCUGCGCUGUGUGAGCGAGCUUGUGAUAGAAAGUCGAGAGGAAUUGUAUGUCAUGCUUAUGUUCUUGACCAGUAAGCUGAGUAAACCUUUUCCCCCACAGUUUGAUAUGAUUCUUGGGAAACUAGAGAACGACGGAAGUAGAAAGCCUGGAGUCAUAGAUAAGUUUACCAGUGACACAAAGCCUAUUAUCAACAAAGUUGCUUCCGUGGCAGAAAAUAAAGGGCUAUUUGAAGAAGCAGCCAAGCUUUAUGACCUCGCCAAGAACGCUGACAAGGUGCUGGAGCUGAUGAACAAGCUGCUGAGUCCUGUCGUCCCACAGAUCAGCGCCCCCCAGUCUAACAAGGAACGGCUGAAGAACAUGGCCCUCUCCAUUGCAGAGCGGUACAGGGCUCAAGGAAUAAGUGCAAAUAAGUUUGUGGACUCUACGUUCUAUCUCCUCUUGGACUUGAUUACCUUUUUUGACGAGUAUCACAGUGGUCAUAUUGACAGGGCCUUUGAUAUUAUUGACCGACUGAAGUUGGUGCCUCUAAAUCAGGAAAGUGUGGAAGAAAGGGUGGCUGCCUUCAGAAACUUCAGUGAUGAAAUCAGGCACAACCUCUCAGAAGUUCUUCUCGCCACCAUGAACAUCCUGUUCACACAAUUUAAGAGGCUCAAGGGAACAAGUCCAUCUUCAGGAACCAGGCCCCAGCGAGUGAUCGAAGAUCGUGACUCUCAACUCCGAAGUCAAGCCAGAGCCCUGAUUACCUUUGCUGGGAUGAUACCGUACCGGACGUCUGGGGACACUAAUGCCAGGCUGGUGCAGAUGGAGGUCCUCAUGAACUAGCGCUGUGUUUGAUGGGGUCUGGGGCUGCACACUGUCAGUAUAUUAGGCAUGUGGGCCAGCUGGGGUGGGUUUCCAGUUUUGUUUCUGUUGUGUUGUGUUUUGUUUUUUGUAUUAUGU